GGCCGCCGGCCCGCGCCGCGGCGAUGCCGGACCAGAUCUCGGUGUCGGAGUUCGUGGCCGAGACCCAUGAGGACUACAAGGCGCCCACGGCCUCCAGCUUCACCACGCGCACGGCGCAGUGCAGGAACACCGUGGCGGCCAUCGAGGAGGCUUUGGACGUGGACCGGAUGGUUCUGUACAAAAUGAAGAAGUCUGUGAAGGCAAUCAAUAUCUCUGGGCUGGCACACGUGGAGAACGAAGAGCAGUAUACCCAGGCCCUGGAGAAGUUCGGUGGCAACUGCGUGUGCAGAGACGACCCGGAUUUAGGAAGUGCGUUCCUGAAGUUCUCCGUGUUCACCAAGGAGUUGACGGCGCUCUUCAAAAACCUGAUUCAGAAUAUGAACAACAUAAUCUCCUUCCCUUUGGACAGUCUGCUGAAGGGAGACCUGAAAGGCGUAAAAGGGGACCUGAAAAAGCCCUUCGAUAAAGCUUGGAAGGACUAUGAAACAAAAAUAACCAAAAUAGAGAAGGAGAAGAAGGAACACGCCAAGCUCCAUGGGAUGAUUCGUACUGAAAUAAGUGGGGCAGAAAUCGCAGAGGAGAUGGAAAAGGAGAGACGGUUCUUCCAGCUCCAGAUGUGCGAGUAUCUGCUGAAGGUCAAUGAAAUCAAGAUUAAAAAAGGCGUGGAUUUACUUCAGAACCUGAUCAAAUACUUCCACGCCCAAUGCAAUUUUUUCCAGGACGGACUGAAAGCAGUAGAAAGCCUCAAGCCCUCCAUUGAGACGCUAUCCACGGAUCUUCACACGAUCAAACAGGCUCAGGAUGAAGAACGAAGGCAGCUGAUGCACCUUCGCGAUAUUUUGAAAUCAGCGUUGCAGGUGGAACAGAAAGAGUCUAGGAGAGACUCCCAACUUCGCCAGAGUGCAGCUUACAGCUUACAUCAGCCUCAGGGAAACAAAGAACACGGGACCGAGCGGAACGGCAACCUGUACAAGAAAAGUGACGGGAUCCGGAAAGUGUGGCAGAAAAGAAAGUGUUCCGUGAAAAAUGGCUUCCUGACUAUAUCCCAUGGCACCGCCAACCGGCCACCUGCCAAGCUCAACCUGUUAACCUGCCAGGUGAAAACGAACCCCGAGGAGAAGAAGUGCUUCGACCUCAUCUCUCAUGACAGGACGUACCACUUCCAAGCAGAAGACGAGCAGGAAUGUCAGAUAUGGAUGUCCGUGCUGCAGAACAGCAAGGAGGAGGCACUGAGCAACGCUUUCAAGGGAGACGACAGCGCUGGGGAGAAUAACAUCGUCCAGGAGCUGACCAAAGAGAUCACCUCGGAGGUGCAGAGGAUGGCGGGCAAUGACGUGUGCUGCGACUGCGGGGCGCCAGAUCCAACCUGGCUCUCUACCAACCUGGGAAUCCUGACUUGCAUCGAAUGUUCUGGAAUCCACCGAGAGCUCGGGGUUCAUUACUCCAGGAUGCAGUCCUUGACUUUAGAUGUACUGGGAACAUCUGAGCUUUUGCUUGCCAAGAAUAUUGGGAAUGCAGGCUUUAAUGAGAUCAUGGAGUGUUGCCUACCAGCUGAGGACUCCAUCAAGCCCAGCCCAGGCAGUGACAUGAAUGCGAGGAAGGACUACAUCACAGCUAAGUACAUCGAGAGGAGAUACGCAAGGAAGAAACAUGCUGAUAACUCGGCGAAGCUCCGCAGCCUUUGCGAGGCCGUGAAAAGCAGGGACAUUUUUGGAUUACUGCAAGCGUAUGCUGAUGGUGUGGACCUGACUGAGAAAAUCCCUCUGGCCAAUGGACACGAGCCGGACGAGACAGCCCUGCACCUUGCAGUCAGGUCCGUGGACCGGACUUCUCUGCACAUCGUGGACUUUCUAGUCCAGAACAGUGGGAACCUGGAUAAGCAGACAGGCAAAGGCAGCACGGCCCUCCACUACUGCUGCCUGACGGACAACGCCGAGUGCCUCAAGCUCCUGCUGCGGGGGAAGGCCUCCAUCGAGAUAGCAAAUGAGUCAGGAGAGACGCCAUUGGACAUCGCCAAGCGCCUGAGGCACGGGCACUGUGAGGAGCUGCUGACCCAGGCCUUGUCUGGGAGGUUCAAUUCCCACGUCCACGUCGAGUACGAGUGGCGCCUGCUGCACGAGGACCUGGACGAGAGCGACGACGACGUGGACGAGAAGCUGCAGCCCAGUCCGAACCGGCGGGAGGACCGGCCUGUCAGCUUUUACCAACUGGGAUCCAGUGCGGCAUCUUUAGCCAGAGAUGCUACCAACCUCGCCAAGGACAAGCAGAGGGGCUUUGGGCCCAGCAUCCUGCAGAACGAGACGUACGGAGCCAUCCUGAGUGGCAGCCCACCCCCCUCCCAGCACGCAGCCCCCAGCACCACCAGCGCGCCCCCACUCCCCCCUCGGAGCGCCGGCAAAGUUCAGACAGCCUCCUCAGCUAACACCCCGUGGAAGACAAACUCUGUAGGUGUGGACGGUGUAAGCAGGCAGCGAUCUUCGUCAGAUCCGCCAGCUGCCCACCCACCGCUGCCCCCUCUUCGAGUGACAUCUACCAAUCCCCUGACCUCUGCAGCACCCCCUCCUGUUGCCAAGACGUCAGGUGUGCUAGAAGCUGUGAGCCAGCCAAGCAAGGUCACCCAGCCUGGGACCUCGCAGACCAAGCCCCCGCCCCCACCACCGCAGCCGCCCAGCCGCCUGCCUCAGAAGAAGCCAGCUCCUGGGACUGACAAGCCUACCCCACUGAUCAACAAAAGCCAGCCAAGAGGACCUGUGGAUCUCUCUGGAACAGAAGCCCCGGGUCCUGUGUCCAAUGCCAUGGCCCUACAGCCCCCUGCACCUAUGCCCAGGAAGUCACAGACGACCAAGUUGAAGCCCAAGCGGGUCAAAGCGCUUUACAACUGCGUGGCCGACAACCCGGAUGAACUGACCUUCUCCGAAGGGGACGUGAUCAUCGUGGACGGGGAGGAGGACCAGGAGUGGUGGAUCGGCCACAUUGACGGAGAUCCUAGCCGCAAAGGAGCAUUUCCUGUGUCAUUUGUGCACUUUAUUGCCGACUAAACUGCUACUGAACAAAAGCCUUUCACUGUUGUGUUCCUGUUUUGCCAUUGGUACCGAGACUCUCAGCCCAUAGCCAAGUUCAUAGGUUGUGUUGACAGCCUGUUUUCUCUCACACCACCAUUCUGUUUUAAAGACUCAAAAAGGCAGUUUUUACAGAUAGUCAUUGUUUUUAUAAUUUGUGGCUUUCAUGAAUUGCUUAAAAGGUGAACUAAAAAGUUAUUUUAACUAUAUAACAUGAGAUCCUGUGUCUACAUAAGUAGGUAAACCUAAAAAAAAAAAAUGCCUAAAUGAAUUCUGAAGUUCUCAAUUCUCGACCUAAGUCUGGAGUUACCUCGCCGCAGCCAUCGUACGGGCAGGCCGGCAAGCUGCUGCUUCCCAGGUCGCUGCCCACCUGCGCUGUCCGUUCAAUGCCACCGUGCACUUUCACGACGGGGGAAUUUACACGUUAGCCUUGUACUUCCCAGCCCUGGCCUGUGAGGGGGCAGCUGCCACGGUCUCCUGCAUGUGUGUUGCGAACAAUCACACUUCACCAACUGCCCAGGGGCUGUUCUAGCACAGCGACAGCAGGCCGGUCCGCCCCAGCGUCUAGCACCGAGGAUGGCGGGCUGCAGAACAGCCCGUCGAACACGGGCGUGCUUUAGGUGUUAGAACUCGCCUCCCUGACGCUCCCCCGUCAUCCCGGAGGCAGCUGCACACCAGUGGAGCGAGACGUGCCCCGCUGCUGCCUGCUCUGUGCGCCACCGCCUUCCCCUGCCAGCUCCCGAGGACGUUCACUUAGCUUCGUGUCCUGUAUCUGUAUGACACGCCCACAGGGAUGGUAGCCGCACUGUCUUGAAACUUAAUCUAUCCAUUUGUUUGUGCUCGACAGCAUAUCAGAAAUCAGUAGGUCCUAGUUAAGACAACACUCCCAAACAUCCCAGUUUUGCUAUGUAAGGCCAUCUCUUAAACUUACACUAUGUGGGGAGGGGGAUGGGAAUUAGGUUGUGUAUGAUAAACUCAAAACUCAUUAGUUUAAUGAACUUGACUGGCAUACCUGUUAGCCAUUGUGAGUAUAAGAUUCAUAGUAGGAAUAUUGGAAAUGUUGGCGCUCUCUCGGAAUAAAUAGGCAGGCAUGUGAUGCCCACUUGGACUUCGGACAAAAGUAAAAGAGUAAAUUUAUAGGCUUGUAAAGCAAGGCAGUGAUGCUCCCGCAUCUGACACGAUGGUACAUUUGACUGAAGCAGCUCAUCUUGAUCAUGCAGACCUCUCUGAAGUGUCGAGUUCUGGUUUUGGCAUUGUAUUUUUGUUUGCUAUAUAAAGGAAUACAGAACAAACUGGAAUGUUUUAUGAGGAUGUAAUUUCUUUUUGCCUUUCAACAUUCCAGGUUUUAAAAGAUGUGCUAGUUUUGUAAGUAAGUCUUUUUUUAAGCACUACAUCUAUUUUACUAGUUAAUUUGUUUGAACCCUUCCUUUAGUCACGUUUCUCACAGACUCAGAGCACCUGCAGUGCACCGCUCUAACAGCCCUUGCACUGUAUCGCUGUCCGUCUCUGACCACCUGGGGCCAGCUCUUUGGGAACUCCAGUCCCAAACCAACCAACCAGGUUCACUGGUACAUAAAUACCUAGGAAAUAUUUUUCCACUCUAUAAUUUGGUGGUGCUAUUGUGCAGUCAUUGAUAGUACUUUUACCAGAACAGAAAUCCUAUUAACUUCCCUGCUUAGUUAAUAUGCUGUUUGCAAAUUUUAAAAAAAAGGAAAACAUUGUAGAUAUCUAUUUAUAAUUGAAGUUUACAUUUCAUGACCUUUAGCUGCAGGAUUUGGGCAUUCUGCAUGCCACUUUCCAUCAGGUCUGGUUUGGAGGGAGGACGACUCAGAACAGGUGCAAAGACCAGCACGGUCUGGUAAGGAUGGAGAACUAUCUGCAGCCUGGAAUGCUGUUUUGAGAUGUAUGAUAUUUCAAUUCAUCACUUGAUUCCUUUGGUCUAGUUGCAGCGCAACUGUAUAUAUUGUAUAACCGAAGCUGAUUCUUAUUUUCAUUGUCCUUAAUACAGUGAUUUAUAAUUAGAGCAUGUUUAACAAACUUACCUGUUAACCAGUCAUUUGACUGGAGAAAAAUAAAGUACUUUUAAACAACA